UAGAUUAAUUUGACAUGAGCAAGCAUUGUUUUCGCCAUUUAUCAAAAAGGUUUUGUUCCGGAUCAAGGUCUACAGUGACAGAUUAUCCCUGGCUAUCCCAACCACUAGAAACAGUCUCCUCCUCUUCGUCCGACCCUCAUUUAAAGAGGCCACAGCAUGAAGGUCAUCAGAGUGCAACACAAGUGACAACACUGUCCAAUGGAGUGCGCGUCGCCACGCAGGCAGCAAAAGGAAACUUCUGUACCCUCGGGGUGGGUGUUAGUGCUGGCAGUCGUUUCGAGAUGUUCUCGCCUGCUGGAGUGACUCACUUCCUGGAGAAGAUGGCAUUCAGCUCCACUGCCAACUUUGACUCCAAAGACCUCAUUCUACAGAAACUAGCCCAGCACGGGGGAAUCUGCGACUGUCAGUUCUCUAGAGAUGUCGCCUUCUAUGCCCUCUCUGUUUCAAAUAGGGGAGUGGAAACAGGUCUCGACAUCCUCAGCCAAGCAGUACUGCACCCCCAAAUAACAGAACAAGAAGUGGAAAUGGCACGCAGUCUCGUCGAUUUCGAUCUACAAGACCACGAAGAGUCUUUAGCGAGAAUGCAGCCGGAUGUUCUUCUGCAUGACAUGAUCCACAGAGCGGCUUUCAGAGGAAACACCGUGGGUCUGCCCAAGUUCUGCCCGAAAGAGAACGUGGAGAAGAUGCAAAGAGAUGAUCUGAGAAGCUACUUGGCAACUUACAUGCAACCCGAGAGAACUGUCAUUGCCGGUGUUGGCGUGGACCACGAUGAGCUGUGCAAGCUAUCCGAGAAGAUGUUUGUGUUUGGGGAUGCCUCAUUCAGAGAUGCAGAGAAAGUGGAGGUAGAUGAGUCAUUGGCACAGUACACUGGGGGAGAGCUGAGGAUCGACAAAAGACUCACACCCGUCACAGGUGGUGACAACCCUCUUCCAGAGCUAGCUCACGUGGUCAUUGGCCUUGAGAGCGUACCCUCUCUGCACAAGGAUUAUGUGCCAGCGACAGUGCUGAGUUUCGUCAUGGGAGGAGGCAGUUCAUUCUCAGCUGGAGGUCCUGGCAAAGGAAUGUACUCGCGGAUGUAUCUGAAUGUGCUGAACAGGAGACACUACGUGCAACAUGCCUCAGUCAUCAACUUCCCCUACCACGACUGCGGACUAUUCGCACUGCAGCUCUCAUGUGAGCCCCAGUUCAUCCGGGACACGGUGAGAGUGGGGGUGCAGGAGUGUCUGAAUAUGGUGGAGCAGACAGCAGAGGAGGGACAGAUGGGGGAGGAGUUGGAGAGGGCCAAGAACCAACUGAAGAGCAUGAUGUUCUCCAACUUGGAGGUCAAACCAGUCCAGAUGGAGGACAUAGCCAGACAGAUACUCAGCCAAGGUUUUAAACGAGAGCCCAAAGAGAUCUGUGAGAUGAUUGACAGUGUGACUAAAGAAGAUAUAGUGAGAGUUGCGGACCAGUUGAUUGCAUCCAAGAUAUCAGUGGCUGCCCUUGGACAGGUGUCAGAUGUGCCAACUCAGAGAGACAUCACUUAUGCUUUCAUAAACAAUGCAAAACUGCCUGAUGAUAAAAAGUCCAAAUUUAAAUUAUACUAGGCUUUUUAUUCCAAACAGACCAUGUCUAGGGAAGCGCUCUUUCAAAUUAAUAGUGAUUAGGGACGUUUUUUUUAAUUGCCAAUUUGAAGUAAUCAUUUUGCGCAGAUUUCAUUUUUCAUUUCAUGUGUAGCCUCGUUAUGUGACAAAUAAACCUGGUUCUGC